AUGCACUUCUCCGGCUUCUCUGGCGCGCUUGGCGCAAUGUCACUCCUGUUUAGCAUCGCCGAGGCAGGGUGCGCUGAAGUUGGCUCCGGCGAUGGAAACAACCCACUAAGAUGCACAUCAUACUCCAUCCCGAGAGACAUCGGCACUAGCGUCACCGUCGGCUUGCAAACCCUUUCGAUCGGCAGAACGAAUCCAACCCAAAAGACUUACGAGAAGGAGUUUUUCUUCUACGAUAUGAAGAACGAGGUCAACUACCAGGUGAACUUUGCUGUGCAGUUCUGGAACCCAACGACCAACAAGAACGCAUGGAAAACAUACAGCUUGGCAGCAGGAGAGAAGUGCAACAUCAGCUUUCAAUCAACUUUACAGAAUGUCAAGCUCACUUGCUAA